AUGGCUAGCAUCAUUGCACGUGUGGGUAACAGCCGGCGGCAGAAUGCACCCUUGCCGCCUUGGGCCUUUUCCAUGCUGAGGUCCCUGGGGAGGAGUCUCGGUCCUUUAAUGGCCAACAUGGCAGAGAGAAACAUGAAGUUGUUCUCAGGGAGUGUGGUGCCGGCCCAGGGGGAAGAAACCUUUGAAAACUGGCUGAUCCAAGUCAAUGGGGUCCUGCCAGAUUGGAAUAUGUCUGAGGAGGAGAAGCUCAAGCGCUUGAUGAAAACCCUUAGGGGCCCUGCCCGGGAGGUCAUGCGUUUGCUUCAGGCAGCCAACCCCAACUUAAGUGUGGCAGAUUUCUUGAGGGCCAUGAAAUUGGUGUUCGGGGAGUCUGAAAGCAGUGUGACUGCCCAUGGUAAAUUCUUUAACACCCUGCAGGCGCAAGGCGAGAAAGCCUCCCUUUAUGUGAUCCGUUUAGAGGUGCAGCUCCAGAAUGCUAUCCAGGCAGGCAUGCUCGCUGAGAAGGAUGCAAACCAGACUCGCCUGCAACAGCUCCUUUUAGGGGCUGAGCUGAAUAGGAACCUGCGCUUCAGGCUUAAGGAUCUUCUCAGGAUGUAUGCAAAUGAGCAGGAGCGCCUUCCCAAUUUCCUGGAGUUAAUCAGGAUGAUAAGGGAGGAAGAGGAUUGGGAUGACACCUUUAUUAAAUGGAAGCGGCCCAAAAGAUCUGAGUCAAUGGUGGACAGGGCAGCCAGCCCUGUGACACUUCAGGGCUCCGCACCCAUAGUGAUUGGCAGUGCUGACUGCAACAUAAUAGAGAUAGAUGAUAGCCUGGAUGACUCAGAUGAGGAUGUGAUCCUGGUGGAGUCUCAGGACCCUCCACUUUCAUCCUUGGGUGCCCCCUCCUUCAGAGACAGGGCCAGAUCUCAGGAUCAAGUGCUGGUCAUUGAUUCCCCCAACAAUUCCAUGUCUCAGGCUCCUUCUACCAGUCGUGGUUCUGGGCAAAAGAAUGAUGGUCCUGGGGACGUUCGUAGAGCCAGGAAGCGAAAACACACAAUCCGCUGUUCAUAUUGUGGUGAGGAGGGCCACUCAAAAGAAACCUGUGACAAUGAGAGCAACAGGGCCCAGGUUUUUGAGAAUCUGAUCAUCACCCUGCAGGAGCUGACACAUACAGAGGAGGAAGGGUCAGGAGAGGCCCCUGGCGAAUACUGUGACCCCUUUGAGCCACAGGAAGGUGGUAGCCCCCAGUUUUAAAUGAGCCCUUACCUA